GCAUUUUCUAAAAGUGGCAUGGUCCAAGGAGAUGAGAAGGUUGAUAUGCUCAUGAAGUUGGAGAAGAAAUCCAAGAAAAGGAAAAAGAAUGCUGCCACCGAUGAUUCGAAAGUGACAAAGGGAGAUGUUAAAGCUGUUGAGCAUGAUUCAUGUUUCAAGGAAGAGAGUCUCUUUUACAGAGAUCAAGAAAGAAAGGGAUAAGACAAAGAUGGAAACUGAAGCACCUGGGGAAAGUGAAGAUAGUGACAUCAAGAGAAAGAAAGAAAGAGGUAGUGGAAAACAGCCUGGGAAAUCCAGUAAAGAAGGGUGCGAGGAUGCUGUUAAAAAUGGUUUAAAAAUGAAAAAGAAGUUGAAGAAUGAGCUGGAGAUACUGAUAAUGCACGAUGCUAGUUUAGACACCAAAACACUUGCUCAUGAAAGUGCCGGCAAAACACAGGAAAUCAAGGCAGUUGAGAUGCUCAGCAAGGGCUCUGGUGGAAAUCUUACAGAUGAGGUGAAGAGGAAGAAAAAGAAAAAAGAUAAGAGGGAAAAAGAGGAUGGACGGGUAGAUAUCGUGGCUGGUGUCAUUCAAGGUGGUGUUUCAGCUGACGAGAUGAAGAGGAAGAAAAGGAAAAAGGAUACGAGGAAUAAAAAGGAUGGACAGGUAGAUAUUGUGGCUGGUGUCAUUCAAGGUGAUGUUUCAGCUAUAGAAGAGACGAAAGAUAUACAAAUAGAUGAUGCUAAUAUCAGAAAGAUGAAAGAGAUUAAAUUAGGGCACAAUUCGAAAGAUCUUUCUAAUGAAAAGACUGAAAAAAGAGUGAGAUUUUCUGAUAAUGUACAGUUUUUCCAUCCAAUCAGUGAACCUAGCAAUGAGAGGCAUGAAAAUAACAAACAAGAAUUACUGUUUGGCAAAAAAUUCACACAGGAAGAAGAUGAAAUCGUCAAAGAUGCUGUUUGUAGAUACAUAGAGGUAUAUAAUUUGGGCGAUGAAGGGUUGCAAAAGGUUUUGAAUUGCAAGUCUUAUCCUGAAGUAAGGGGCUGCUGGAAAGAGAUAGGGAAGGCUAUACCAUACAGGCCUUACAGAGCAGUUUAUUAUCGUGCACAACGUUUGUUUCAAAUGGGAGAGAAGCGUAAAUGGACUGAAGAAGAGCAUGGGAUGCUACGGAAGUUCCAGGGACAACAUGGGAAUAAGUGGACCGUCUUGGCGGAUGAACUUGGGAAACAUCCGGUUCAUGUAGGAAAUGCAUGGCAUAGGAUAAAACUGGAAAAUCGGAAGAGGGGACAGUGGGAUCAGGAGGAAGUACAGAAAUUGUUUGAUUUAGUAAACACCGAUCUGCAACUUAAGCUCUCUGACGAAAGGAAAUCUAAGCAUGGGAUGUUACGGGAUAAUAUUUGUUGGAGUUCAAUUAGUGACAAUUUGUCCACCAGGAUUUCCCACCAUUGCUGCAAUAAAUGGUACAGACAAUUAACAUCCUCGAUGGUGGUUGCAGGUGAAUGGGCAGAUACUGAUGACUAUCGCUUAAUUGCUGCCCUUUUUGAACUGGACGCAAGCUGCAUAGAGGACGUGGAUUGGGACAAUCUUCUCUCCCACAGGCAUGGAGAUUUAUGUCGAAAAAGAUGGAAAGAGAUGGUGCGUCAAAUAAGUCAACAUGAAAACAAGUCAUUUGAUGCACAAGUACAAGUGUUAGCAAAGAGAUACCGCCCUGAUUUAGUUGGAGCAAGGGAGGUCUGGGAUAGUAAACCACUUGUUCCAUGACAUGUUCAACACUCACAUGGGUGUUUCUGUAGGGAGAUGCUUAAGGCACUAGUAUGCACUUCUGUCUACAACUUAGCGCGUCACUUCUGUACUUGAUUUCUUUCGUUCUUUUAAUUUUUGAGAGGUUUAUAAAACAUCUGCAAAUAUUAGUCACUCGGUACAUAUGCUUGUAGGAGGUAUUAGGUACUCGUGAAAUAGUAGAGGUGCUUGUUGGCUUGGGCACCAAACAUUAUCCAAAAAGAAAAUGUUCACAGAUGUUUUGGAAGAGAUUCUUUCUUGUCUGGUGGAAAGAAAAGGAAAAAAGGCUUUCACAAUUUGAUGUCAUUA